UUGUAGCCCCGCCUCCUCAAUCGACUUCUCUGCACUUCUGGGAAGCGGUUUGGGAACCUGCUGGUCUGCUCGGAAAGUAAAGGGUCUACAUCCUGGUUCCCUCGAAACAAAGAAACCGUUGUAAGAAGAAGGGGGCCUCUGUGAACAGAAGUCUUACCAGGAAGAGAGCACCCCUUUGACCUUAGACCUCUCUGCAGACCUUCAGAGCAGAGGCAAAAGAGCCCAGAAAGAAGCAGACCCUAGAUUUGCAAGGCCGAGAAUGAGUUAAUCUUGGUGAUGACACCACCUUGAGAAGCCAUCAUACUGUGUGAACAGUGGGGGUUGGGGCCAGCCUUGAGAGGAACGAGAAUUCCAGAAUGAUGAUUCGUAAAGAGUUUUUCCAAGACUACAAUUUCUGAAUCUUGGAGGCUUUAAAGACAUUCGGCCUGAAAGGUCCAGUGACUUGUCCAGAGUAAUCCAGUUUGUUUGUGACAGAGUCAGGAGGAAAACAUUGCUCUUCUCUCUCCCACAACAUUCCAUCUCUUUGCUAGGCUUUCUGUGAAUUGUCUAUACCGGGAGUAAAUAAUAUCACUGAGAAAAAUAGCUGAACUCCAGUUCACUACACUCUCCCAAGAGCUAAAGAAAAUGAACAUAACUCAGGCCUCAGUGUCAUUCAAGGAUGUGACUGUAGAGUUCACCCUGGAGGAGUGGCAGUACCUGAGUGCUUCUCAGAGGACCUUAUACAGAGAUGUGAUGUUGGAGAACUACAGCCACCUCAUCUCAGUGGGGUACUGCUUUACAAAACCAGAACUGAUCUUCAUGUUAGAACAAGGAGAAGCUCUAUGGUUAUUAGAGAAAGAAUUUCUAAGCAGAAGCUCCCCAGAAGAAUCCCAACUUGAUGAACUCUCAGAGAAGAGACCAGAAAACCAGGGAAAACAUUUGUGGCAAGUUUUGUUCAAAAAGUCAUUGAUUACAGAGCAAGAAAUUUCAGGAAAACCAUGUAAUCUGGAAGUAAACAUUUUUCCUGCAAGAAUAAUGCCACGUAAAUUUGACGCUAUAGGGCCUACUCACUUGCAUCUCAGUUCAUUAACCCCACAUUGUCAGUAUUUAAGAAAGAAGGCUCAGGAGCUUAAUGUAGAUGAGAAAUGGCUCCUCAGUAUUAAGGAUAGCAGAAAUAAUAAUGAAGAGAAAUCUUUUAUUUACAAUAAAAAUGUAAAAGACUUUGGUCAUACAGAAGAAGUUACUCAGCAUAAGACAGUUCAGACUUUGCAGCAAGCUUUUGAAUAUAAUGAAUGUGGGAAAGCUUUCUUUGAAAAGACCGUCCUCAUUACAUCUAAUAACACUGACCUAAAAGUGAAAUCUUAUCAACAUAAUAAAUGUGGAGAAAAGAAAUGCGAUAAAUUAACACUUAUAGUCUCUCAGAGCAAUCAUCCAGAGAAGAAUCACUAUGAGUUUAAUGGAUAUGAAUGUACUGACAACAGAAAUAAUUUCAGUAGAAUCACUCAAAGAAGUGACACAGGAGGGAAAUCUUUCAGCCAAGAAUCCCGUAUUAGAGAACAUCAGAAAAUUCAUAUAGGGGUAAAACCCAUUGAAUAUGGAAAGAAUUUCAGCCAUAAUUCAGCCCUCUCAGUGCUUCAGAGAACUCACACCACAGACAGAUCCUCUGGUUAUGACACAUGUACAGAGACAUUGGAUUACCAGUCAACUUUCAGCAUACGUCAGAGAACUCACAUAACAGUGAAAUCCUAUGAGGGUAAUGAAUGUGGAAAAUCUUUCUUCAUGAAUUCACGCCUGACACAGCCUCAGAAAAGUCACACGGGGGAGAAACGCUAUGAAUGUCAUGAAUGUGGGAAAGCUUUCAGUGACAAAUCAGGCCUAAGAAGACAUCAGAGUACCCACACAGGAGAGAAACCCUAUAAAUGUGAUGUGUGUGAGAAAGCUUUCACUACAAAGUACGGCCUAAGAAUACAUCAGAGAACUCACACAGGGGAGAAACCAUUUGAAUGCAAUGAAUGUGGAAAAUCUUUUGGCUAUAAGUCAAUCCUUAUAGUACAUCAAAUAGCUCACACAGGGGAGAAACUCUUUGAAUGUAAUGUAUGUGGGAAAUCUUUCAGCCAUAUGUCAGGUCUAUGUAAUCAUCAGAAAACUCACAGCGGGGAAAGACCAUAUAAAUGUGAUAAAUGUGGGAAGGCUUUCAAAGUGAAUUCAGGUCUAAGAAAACAUCUUAGAAUUCACACAGGGGAAAAGCCCUAUAUGUGUAAUCAGUGCGGGAAAGCUUUUGGUCAGAAAUCACAACUCCGAGUACAUUAUAGAAUCCACACAGGGGAGAAACCCUAUAAAUGUAAUCAUUGUGGAGAAGCUUUCAGACAGAAAGCAAACCUUAGAGUCCAUCACAGAAAUCACACUGGGGAAAAACCUUAUAAAUGUGAUGAAUGUGGAAAAACUUUCAGGCAGAAAUCAAAUCUCAGAGGACAUCAGAGUACUCACACGGGAGAGAAACCCUAUGAAUGUAAUGAAUGUGGAAAAGCUUUCAGCCACAAUUCGCUCCUAAUAAAACAUCAGAGAACUCACACAGGAGAGAAACCCUAUAAUUGUGACCACUGUGGAGUAUCUUUCAGCCAGAAAUCAAACCUCAGUGUACAUCAAAGAAUUCACACAGGGGAGAAACCCUAUAAAUGUGAUAAAUGUGGGAAAAAUUUCAGCCAGAAAUCGAGCCUUAGAGUACAUCAGAGAAACAUUAGAGUACAUUGGAGUACCGGGAAUUGGACAUGAAUGCAAAGAAUAUGGAAAAACUUGGAGCCAGAAAUCAAAUCUAACAAUACCAAAGAAAACACAGGAGAGAUGCCCUAAACAGAUUAAGAUGUAAUGCAAAACAUGAAACAAAAGCAAAAUAAGUUGGAAUUUGAUUUUUAAAAAGUGUCUGCUUUUUAAGGUUUUGUUAUCAAAAUGAAAAAAAUCACAAAUUGGGAAAGAAUGUCUCAUAGGUAUAUCUGACAAAGGACUUGCAUCCACAAUAUGUAUGCUGUAAUAGUACAAACAACCCAGUUAAAGUGGGAAAAAUAGGAAAUAGAUUAAAAUAGGCAUUUCACUAAAGAUUGAUGGCCAGUAAGUUGGAAAGGUUGGAAAUAAGGUGGCCAAAAACUAGAAAAGAUUCCAAAGCGUUAGUCAUCAAGGAAGUGCAAAUGAAAACUAUAAUAUAUUACAAACCCAUUCGAUAGUUCUACAACCAACAAUUCUAGUUAUUUACUCCCAGAGAAACAGUUGUACCAAAAAAAAAUUAAUAAAAUAAUGUUUAAAGAA